UAUACAAUAAGCAAAAUAUAAACAUUGGUUGAAAUAUAAAAAAAAUUGUAUAAAUUAUAGUGAGGAUUUUAUUUAUUUCUAUUAUUUUGUAAAUUAGGGAAAGUUUACACUUUCUCAAGUUUCUAAAAACUUUUUUUUAAUAGUUUUCUUGGAGAAAUUUAAACCGAAUAGCAAAAAUAAAAAAUCCUAACCUCUAAAUUAAAAAAAAUUUUUUCCUUAUAAAUUUAGUUUUUCUCGUUUUUCUGAAAAAAAUAAUAUAUAAAUAUGUUUUUGUGGAGAAUUUGAAAGGAGAGUAAAAAAAAGUACAAAUAGACGAAAAAUAAUAUAGAAAUGACGAGAAAGUGUGCAAUUUGCAAAGAGACGAAUUAUAGAAAUGGAAGCAGUUUUUUCUCUGCUCCAAAAGAUCCACAAACACGUCAAUUAUGGCAAGAAGCUAUUGGAAUUGAAAAUUAUGUUGUCAAAGAUGAAACUUACGUUUGUAGUAAACAUUUUUAUCCAACGGAUAUUAUUACACAUUGGUUCAGUGGAGUUCCACCGAAUGUUAUCACUAUAAAAUAUAAAAAAUUUCGCUUAAGACCUGGAGCAAUACCUAAACUUCAUGUUGAUCCAGAUGAAGUAGAUCCACAAUUUAUAGAAUGCGAGGAUGAAUUUGAUAUUAAUAGAAGUUUAUCACCAGACUUAAAUAAUUUAUCGUCUUCUGUUAGUAAAUCUUAUGAAGUUUAUUCGAUACCCAGGGAAGAUGAUAGUGAAAAUAUAGUCGAAGAUGUACAAUUUGAUGAUCAAGAUUCUCAAGAAUCUUUUGAAUUUAUUAACGAUGAGUCCGAAACACAUGAGAAUGUGAAUAUUCAAUCAAAUUAUAAUUCUGAUGAAGAUGAUCUUACAGAAACAUUGCAGAAUCAAAAUUCGAAAUCUCCACUUCUUCCUGAUGGUGAUAAUCAAUUAAAUUUAACACCCGAAGACAAUGAAAUAUGUCUUAAUGAUGAAAAAAGUUUUUUGGAGGACAAUAACGUGAAUUAUACUUCAGCGAAUACAAGUAGUGAAUUUAUGCUUUUUGAAGAUCUAUUGGAAGUUUAUACAGAAGUGAAUUUACCAAAAGGAUGGAAUUCGUUUGUGAUUUCAAAGCCCAAAGGUCAUGGGACAACUAUUGUUUAUUGUUUCAUGAAAAUGAAUGAAAGUGGAAUGCCCAUUACUGAAAAACAAGUAUUCAUCAAAAACAACAUGCAAAUGCGUUGUACCGUAAGAGAGAAAAAUAUCGAGACAGUUGCACAUAAUUUGAUAAAAGACAACAGUAAUUCAAUUGUUAAAACAUUGGUCGAUGUUGAGGAAUUAAUUGAAGAAUUCGACAAACGUAGUGUUUGUGAAGGUUAUCCGAUAACAGAUUUAAAAUGCGAGGAGGCUUAUCGAGAUGGAACAAAUUGGCGUCACAAUUCAUGCACGUUAAUUGUUAACAGUGGAACGUUACGGUGCUCGAAAUGUGCAACUUUAGGAAAACGGAAAUUUGCAUUUGCACACACAACAUAUUCAGUGGGGAAAUCGAAAUUAAUCGAAAAGGAGAAACGUGUAAAAAUGCUCAGCGAACAGCUUGAGGAGAAAAUACGAUCGUCAAAAUGUGAAGAACGUCUAUCAACAUUACCAUUGAAAACAGUGGAUUUAAUGACGCAAUUAGUUGAUAAUAUGAGUCUACCCGAAAUACAAAAAGUAAUGAUUAAAGAAUGCUUUAAACUCGAAAGCAGUGGCGAGGAUAAGGUUAUUAAAUUUUCAAGAACCUGGAUUUUUCUCUGUUUACUUUUAUACAUAGAAUCACCGGAAAUGUACAAGUAUAUGCUCCUCAAUAAAUACAUGAAUCUUCCGCCAUUAUUCACCAUCAGGGCGUAUUUACGACGAGUGAAAACGGAUCGUGAAUUUUACAAUAUAUUCCAACAGAGCGUCGAAGGAUUUCAACCGUUUAACGAGGAAAUGAAGACCGAACAGUCAGAAUAAUUUCUUACUUUUUUUUCUAUAAUUUACCCCUUUUUUUCGUCUUUUUUUUAAGUUUAUUUUUUUAAUAAAUCAUUUUGUUUAGUAUUUUUUCAGUGAUCGUUUUUUGUAGUAAUAUU